GGGACGGGACGGGACGGGACGAGCGGGGCCGGGCCGGGCCGGGCCGCGCCUGGCCGCGGGGGGCUGCGCCCCGGCGCUUUGUGCACCGCUCUCGGACAAAGGCGGCGCCGCGCCGGCACUCGGAGGAGCGGGACCGGCGGCGGGGGGGGAAGCGAUCGGAAGCGGGCGGAGCCGCUUAGGACCGGGAUUCUCGGGAAUCCGCCCCCCCCCCCCCCGCCCCCGGGUGCUCAGCCCGGGACCCCCUCUGCCCCGGGCGAGAGUUGUGGGGCGGGGGCUCGGGGCAGUGUCCACCUCGGGGGGCGGUGCGGGCAGAGCCGCCCCCUGCUGAGCCCGCUCUCCAGCUGCCCCAGGCCCCCGCCGGGCAGGAUGCGCGGGGGCUGCGCGGCGGCCGUGGCCGUGCCCUGGCUGGCCCUGCUGGCCCUGGCCCGACAGCCCCCCGAGAAGCCGGCGGCCGCCCCUCUGCUCACCCGCCGGCCCUUCCUGGUGGCCUGGAACGUGCCCACCCAGGACUGCAAGCCCCGCUUCAAGGUGCCUCUGGACUACAGCCUCUUCGACCUGCAGGCCUCCCCCAACGAGGGCUUCGUGGGGCAGAACCUCACCAUCUUCUACAAGGAGCGCCUGGGGCUCUACCCCUACUAUACCAGCAAGCAUGUGGCCGUCAACGGCGGUGUCCCCCAGAACAGCAGCCUGUCUGAGCACCUGGCCCGCCUCCACGAGGGCAUCAGCAAGUACAUCCGCUCGCCCGCCAAGGAGGGGCUGGCUGUCAUCGACUGGGAGGAGUGGCGGCCCAUCUGGGCUCGCAACUGGAAGCCCAAGGACAUCUACCGGGAGGUGUCGCAGCAGCUGGUGUACCAGUGGCAGCCCACCUGGUCCCGUGAGGAGGUGAACAAGCAGGCGAUCUUUGAGUUCGAGUCAGCUGCCCGGCAGUUCAUGGUGAGCACCCUGCGUAUGGCCAAGAGCUUCCGACCCAAGCAGCUCUGGGGGUUCUACCUCUUCCCUGACUGCUACAACCAUGACUACAGCAAGAAUAAAGAGACCUACACUGGGCAGUGCCCAGAUGUGGAGAAGACGCGCAAUGACCAGCUGGCAUGGCUCUGGAGGGAAAGCACAGCUCUCUACCCCUCCAUCUACCUUGACCAGCUCCUGGCCUCCACCCCCAACAGCCGCAAGUUUGUGCGAGCACGGGUGAGGGAGGCUAUGCGCAUCUCACAGCAGCACCAUGAUGGCUACUCCCUGCCAGUCUUCGUCUACACCCGACCCACCUACAUCCGCAAGCUGGAUGUGCUCAGCCAGCCAGACCUGAUCUCCACCAUCGGAGAGAGCGCGGCCCUGGGUGCAGCCGGGGCCAUUUUCUGGGGUGAUGCAGACUACACCAAAAACCGGGAGUCAUGCCAGAUCAUCAAGAACUACCUGGAGGGGGACCUGGGCCGCUACAUCACAAAUGUAACAACUGCGGCGCAGCUCUGUAGCACGGCACUGUGCCAGGGCAGGGGCCGCUGCCUGCGCCAGGACAGCACUGCCGACGUCUUCCUCCAUCUCAACUCCACCAGCUUCCAGCUGCGGCGACAGGAUGAGGACCGCCCCCAGCACCCCCUCUUCUGGGCGGAGGGCCAGCUGUCCUCUGCUGACACCCUUUUCCUACGGACCCACUUCCACUGCCACUGCUACCAGGGUUGGCAAGGCAGUAGCUGCCAGGAACCUGCCGGCCCCCACGGUGGUGCCCCUGCCCCCCGGACACCACUGGGACUUGGGGUGGUACUGUUGCUGGUGGCAAGCUGGUGCUAACCCCCCCUGGACUGAUCUGCUCCCUGGCACCCCUUCUCUGGUGUGGUGUAGGGGAUUUAAGAUAUCCCUGCCCUGCCUGUGAGGUAGCUUGGUGGGGUGGGGUGGAGGAAGGGGCUGGCCCUCACUGUAGGGGCAGAGCUGUGUGGUUGCCCCACUUUUGCCCUCCCUGCCGUGGGGCAGGUGCCCCCCAUGAGUGUGGGUGGAGGAGGCCUCUCCUGUUGUAAGGAGAAGGAUGGGAGCAGGGAGUGGGUGCUGUGUGGUGCUGAGCCCCUGUGUGCUGCCCCACACCGAAGUGCUUUACCUUGAAUAAAGCUGGGCAGAGCGUGA